AUGCCGCACGGGCAGGAGUCUUCGACGGAGGCCGCCGCCGGUGGGGGCGCGCCGCUGUGCGCGAACGGCUGCGGGUUCUACGGGAGCGAGGCAACCAAGAGCAUGUGCUCAAAGUGCUACCGCGACCACCUCAAGGCGACAGGUGUGGCUGGCCCCGCCGUCGAGGGGAAGAUCAAUGCCGACGACCUCAUCCACGCCUUCAAGAAGUCGGUGAGCCUGCAGGACUCUACCGCUGCAGCUGCUGCGGAGGCGGCACCGGAGGCCGAUGCGCCAGCGAAGAAGGCGGCGUCAACCAGGUGCAUGGCGUGCAAGAAGAAGGUGGGGCUGCUGGGGUUCGCGUGCCGCUGCGGUGGCACCUUCUGCUCGCUGCACCGCUACGUGGACGGGCACGCAUGCGGUUUCGACUACAAGAAGGUCGGCCGUGAGCAGAUCGCGCAGCAGAACCCUCUCGUCGCGCCGUCCAAGCUCCACAACAAGAUUUGA